CACCGGCAAGAGGACGCGGACUCGUUGUCUGGACUAAAUAUUCACAACACUGAUUAACUAGGAAGGAGUCUAUUAUAUUUGGCAGGAGUUUAUAAGAUUAAAUACGCAAGAUGUUUGCCCGGGGCUAUUGCGUAACGACAGAAGGCGGUGCCGAACCGAUGCCUGAAUAUAUACAUUGAACCCGGGCAAAAUGAGUCAGGCGGCCACAGUGGGGAGAGAAGGAGGAGGACCGGGGGGCCAAACGUCCACCAUGGAGCUGGCGAGCGCGCUCACCGUCAUCCUGGCCAUCUGCUUGGUGGUCAUCACGGCCAAGAGGAAAAUGUCUUCCCACGGGAGGCUGCCCCCCGGGCCCACCCCCCUGCCUCUGAUUGGGAAUUUCCUGCAAAUCAAAGCUGCAGAAACCUGCAAAUCUCUCAUCAAGCUAAGUGAGAAAUAUGGCCCCGUGUUCACGGUCUAUCUUGGAAAUCGCCCGGUGGUUGUUUUGUGUGGUCACGAUGCCGUGAAGGAGGCCCUGGUGGACAAGGCGGAAGAAUUCAGUGGAAGGAAGACCAUGCCCACCUUGGAACGAACCUUCCGCGAACAUGGCGUAGUCUUUGCCAACGGGGAGCGCUGGAAGCAGCUGCGACGGUUCUCCCUCACCGUCCUGAGGAAUUUCGGGAUGGGGAAGAAGACCAUUGAGGAGAGGAUCCAGGAGGAAGCUCAGUUCCUGCUGGAGGAAUUCCGGAAGACCAAUGAGAAGCCCUUUGAUAACACCUACUUCUUGAGCCGCGCCGUCUCCAACGUCAUCUGCUCCAUUGUCUUUGGUGACCGCUUCAACUACCAGGACAAGGAAUUCCAGGCCUUGAUGGAGAUGAUGAACAACAGCUUCCGGGAGAUGAGCACCGCUUGGUCCCAGUUCUAUGACAUCUAUGCCAACAUCCUGAAGUACUUCCCCGGCCCCCACACCAAGAUCUACGACAUCCUGGAAGACAUGAGGCGCUUCAUUGCCAAGAGAGCAGAGAAGAACCGGGAAACUUUAGACCUCAACUCCCCGCGGGACUUCAUCGACUGCUUCCUCAUCCAGAUGGAAAAGGAAAAAAACAACCCCGACAGCGAAUUCAACGUCAAGAAUCUGGAGCUCACCACCCUCAACCUGUUCUUUGCCGGGACGGAGACGGUCAGCUCCACCCUGAGAUACGGCUUCCUGCUCUUGAUGAAAUGCCCCGAGGUUCAAGAAAAGAUGCACGAGGAAAUAGACCGGGUGAUUGGCCAGAACCGGGCCCCAAACAUCGAAGACCGGAACCAGAUGCCGUACACCGAUGCCGUCAUCCACGAAGUGCAGCGAGUGAGUGACCUCAUUCCAAUGGAUGUGCCGCACAUGGUCAUCCGGGACACCGAAUUCAGAGGAUACCUCAUCCCGAAGGGGACGGAAGUCUAUCCAGUACUCAGCACCGUCUUGAAUGACCCCAAGAAAUUUAAAAAUCCAAGACAGUUCAACCCAGAAAAUUUCCUGGAUGCGAACGGAAGCUUCAAGAAGAACGAUGCGUUUGUGCCUUUCUCCUCAGGGAAGCGGAUCUGCCUGGGGGAGGCCCUGGCCCGCAUGGAGCUUUUCCUCUUCUUCACCACCGUCCUCCAGAGCUUCCGGCUGAAGCCCCUCGUGCCCCCAGAAGAAAUCGACACGACUCCCCUGGAGAGCGGCUUUGCCAACAUCGUCCCCAUGUACCAGAUGUGCAUGGUACCACGCUGAACAGAAGCCCAGCCCAGAGCAUUUUCUCUCCCCUACGGCGCUCUCUUUAGCCGUGCAAGAAAGACUUUUGGAGCACAUGGCGGGGGGGAGAGAAAGGUGUCACAAAUUGGCUUUUAAAAAAUAUGGCAACUGCACUUCACACAACUCUCUCAGGUUAACACUUGUUCCCACACGUGGAGCAGGUGUGUUGGAGGGGGGAAAUGUAGGCAAGGCACAGGGGUCACCCCCUCCUUAGCCAUUCCCCGGUGUCCCACCCUGUUGCAGCUGUAACAAAGGGAUAUUCCUUUUUCUUUGCAUCCUAUCUGCUUGCAAGAAACCGGACUAUGUUCUGAACCUUGAGGUUCCCUUGAAAUCAUCUUUGCUCCGACUGUGUAAUAAGCAUCAUGCGUAUCUGCCUGCGUUUGCUGUUUGCCCAUUAAUCAUCAGAGUCUUCAGGCAUUCAUUCCAGCAAGGCUCUGGUCAUUGUAACAGAUGGGGUUUUGCUGUGAAUUAUGCAAUAAAGCUUGUCGAUUGUUU